GAGUAUGAUGGUGAACGCAAUGCAGAAGGUGAGCGACAUGGACAUGGAAAAGCAGAGCUACCUAAUGGCGAUACAUACGAUGGGCAAUAUGAACACGGUUUCAGAAGUGGAAAGGGGACCUACAGAUUUAGAAAUGGUGCUUUCUACAUUGGAGAAUACCUUCAAAACAAAAAGCAUGGCCGUGGGAUUUUUUUUUAUCCAGAUGGAUCAAAAUAUGAAGGAGACUGGGUGAAUGACCAGAGACAUGGCUAUGGAGAGUAUACUUAUCCAAAUGGAGACACUUAUACUGGAGAAUGGUUUAACCACAACAGGCACGGGCAAGGUACAUAUGUCUAUAAAGACACAGGAUCUAAGUAUGUUGGUAGCUGGGUAAAUGGAAACCAGGAAGGAGAAGCUGAACUUAUCCACCUAAACCAUAGAUUUAAGGGCAAGUUUUCAAAUGGAAAGCCCAUAGGUCGUGGCAAAUAUGUCUUUGAUAUUGGAUGUGAACAGCAUGGUGAAUACAUACAGGACAAAGGAGAGGGAGAAGAGGAGGAGGAGGAGGAGGAGGAACCCACAUUACCUGUUACACCAAAAUGGAAAGCCUCAGAAAUUACCAAACUAACACUCUGGACUCCCCAUGGAGAAAACCCGCUUCCUCCCAGAGAACCCUCCCUAGAGGCAGCAGCAGAAGCAGAAGCAGUGGAAGAAGGAGCAGCAGUAACCGAAGAGAAGAGAAUACCAUCAACUGAAGUCACUGAUGAGUCUGCAGAGGGUAGGGUUGAUCAGCUUUCUCUUAAUGAAGCACACAGUGAAAUUUCUAGCCCAGAAAAGGAUGCAAGAGAGGAUGAUGCCGGAAGCAGAGAAGAAGAAGAAGAAGAUCAGGAGGAUCAAGGAACUACUAGUUUAGAGGAUAAGGAGGAUGAAUCAGAGGAAGAUGAAUAA